AUGCAUCUGGUUCCACGAGAAUUAGAUAAGCUUCUCAUUCAUCAAGGUACUUGUCAGCAACAAUGCUUGUGUGACCUAUCCUUUUGCUCAUCUUUUUCUAUUAUAUCUGCACCUACAGUCGGUUCUUUAGCUCAGCAACGUCUUAUUCGCGGCAUUCAACUUAAUCACGCCGAAGCCAAUGCCCUGAUCGUCACUCAACUACUCCAAUACUUGCGCACCGGCCGCUAUUCAGUUCCCCAGUUAUUGGAAAUGGGCAAACAGAUCCUGGGACGCCGUCAAGUCCGACCUGAAGUGUCCGAUACACUUCAGAAAAUUCAUAUCACCGGCAAUUUCCCAGAUGGUUCUCGUAUUCUUGCGAUUGACAACCCUAUCUGCACCGAGAAUGGCAAUUUGGAAAUGGCCUUUUAUGGCACUUCAUUAUCGUUGCCUGAUUUGGAUCAAUUCCCCUCGUCUCCGCUCUCAUCUCGCCAAGACCAGUCGGACAAUCAAAUCAUCCAGCCUGGCAUGAUCGAUUUGAAUGUCAACCGAAAGCGAUACUCUAUUGCGGUUGUUAAUCACGGCAGUGAACCUGUUCGAGUCGGCUCCCAUAAUCAUUUCAUGGAAGUUCAUGCUGCAUUGAGCUUCAACCGAGCUUUGGCUUACGGCAUGCGAUUGGAUAUCCCUGCUGGCGCCAGCAUUAACUUCCAACCUGGUGACUACAAAGUGGUUGCUCUCGUGGAAAUUGGUGGCAAAAAGAUCAUUUCCGGUGACAGUGUGGCUUCCGGUCCAGUCGAUAUGAUCAAGUUGCCCUCGAUUAUGAUGCAUCUCUUGAAGAGAGGAUACCUCCAUGACCCCAAGAGCCCUUUGCUGCCUUACACCCCUCCUUGCUCUGUCGACCGCCAGUUUUAUGCCCAACAAUAUGGACCCACCACAGGCGACAUGGUUCGUUUGGGCAAUACACAAUUGUGCGUCUCUGUGGAAAAAGAUUACACCGUUUACGGCGACGAAUGCAAGUUUCCCACCGGAAAGAUUCCUGCCGAUGAUAUGCGCCACAUGGCUAGCAUCGAUGAUAAACAAGCUCUUGAUUUGGUGAUUACCAAUGCAUUGGUCAUCGAUUCCACAGGCAUUAUCAAGGCCGAUAUCGGUAUCAAGGAGGGUGCCAUCGUCGGUGUUGGCAAAGCUGGCAAUCCAGACACAAUGGAUGGUGUAACCUCGGGAAUGAUCCUUGGCCCCAACACGGAAAUAUUAGCAGGUGAAGGCAAAAUGUUUACCGCAGGCGGUAUUCAUUCACAUGCCGAUGCUGUUUAUCCGGACCUAAGCUAUCAUACUCUUGCCAGCGGUGUCACCACGCUUAUUGCAUGUCCCAACGACAUACACUCCGAUUUUAUUGCCCACACCAUGAAAGCUACCGAUAGCCUUCCCAUCAACUUUGCUGUGAUGGCUAAAAGCGCGCAGAUUGACAAAGACAGUGAACGAUCCACCCAAGACAAACUGGAAGGCGCUGGCGCCAUUUCCGCGAUCCAUUCUUCCUCUUCCAUCGUCGCAAGCACAGAAAUCGUCGAACAGACAUGGCAAACCGCCAAUAUAAUUCUAUCAAAGCAAGACAAGUUUUCGGAAGACUCAUGUAGACACGACAACAAUUACUUGGUCAAGCGAUCCAUUGCCGCAUACACCAGUGAAGCGGCUGCCACCCACGGUAUCUCCCACAUGGUUGGGUCCCUAGUUGCGGGCAACUUGGCCGACAUCGUUUGCUACCAAACCGAAUUUUUCGGUUCCAAGCCUGAUUGCGUUUUAAAAUCUGGUGUGAUUGCCUGGAGUUCUUUGGGCAAUCCUCAUAAACAUAUUCCAACCAUGCAAUCUAUUCUCGCUCGAUCUAUUUACGACACUCGAGCUUCCAAACUCCCGGAAAACUGUAUUCUGUUUACCUCCAAACUCGCCCUCACAAAUGGCAGCCUUCAAGAUUUCGCUUUACGGAAACGCAUUGAAGCUGUCCAACCUUGUCCCACAACAUCGCAUUCUAUCGGAGUCACUUCCAUGGUAGAUUCACGCAAAGACGCUACGAAAGCAUACUCGCAUGCAUGCAAACCUGUCGAUACCUUGCCUCUUCAACCCUCUGUAUAUCUUUUCUAA